UCCCAAGUUAUGCUAGUCCAAUAAUAGCAUAAUGAAUAUUUGAUAGAACACUGAUCGUUUAUUCCACUGUUUCUUGUUGUCAGAGGGCGAGAAAGCGAUAGUCGACAGUUAAUUAAAUAAUUAUUAAUGCAGGUUUAUUCAGAAUGAAAGCAUGUUGUAUGUUUGCCUUGAAUGCAUUGAUGAAACGACAAUAAUUUACUAUUAAUUAUAUCUUUUGUGCUCUCCAACAUUUGGGUCAAUACUAUAUAGCAUUGACAGCUCGGCAUCGUUUUAAACGUCUGUUAGUGUCGUCUGUGUGAGGAGAUGUGAAACGGAAUGUCGUACUACGGUUCAUUGUAAUGUGUAGAUCUAUUUAUUUCUAUAUACUAAGUGUGUCCCUAAAAGGGAACCCAUAGGAGGUAUGCCUUGUUGGAUUAAGGAAGGGAUUAUCAAUGCUUUUGCCGUGGGUUUGCUGUCUGUCGAGAGAAGUGCGGAAAGCUGUAAUGUUCUGUUGUGGUUCAGUAGAGGAGGAAGAAAAUUCUAUGGCACAUGGAUUUCUGACUACACAAGAAAAACGACCACUACACAGAAAAAAAGUAAAAACCACUCAAGAUACCACAACAGACACAUAUGUCAAAGGUGAUCAAGCAACGAAUGAAGCAAGUAGUGAAAGUUCCCCCAGUAAUGGUACAGGCUUUACCGGAGCACCUGAUAUGGGUAUAAAAAACAUAAUGAUGGAAAAUUCACAUUCUAUACAAACUGUUGAAAUAAAAAAGAGACCUGGUCAGUCUUUAGGGUUUUAUAUUAGGGAAGGAAAUGGCACGGAUAGGAAUGGUGGUGUUUUUAUUUCUCGUAUUCAGACAGGAACAGUUGCAGAUAGCAAUGGAUUAUUACAUAUUGGCGAUGAAAUUCUGACAAUAAACAAAAAGGAUGUGUCAAAUAUGUCUCUUGACGAUGUAGUUAUUCUUAUGUCAAUUCCAAAGAAAUUAACUUUAAAAAUCAGAACUAGAAAGUGUCAUAAGAAAAACAACUCUUGUCCUUCUCUAGCAGUCACAGAACAAGAAACAAAACCUAUUGUAAAUGUACUUCACAAAGUACGCUCAUCAUCUGAAACAGCGCUUGAAGAAACAGAACAAGCUGCAAAUCUGGUGGACCCAUUUACUCAAGAACACGAACAUCAACAGUCCCGGAGACGACAUGAUAGGCCUACCUCAUCACAAUAUGCCAGUAUUUUUAUUUCACCCCACAAAGCUGAGGCUAAAUUACUUUCAGAUGAAGCAGAUAGUGAAAAUUCUAGUGAUGGAUCCUUACCUAGAAGCAUCGAUUCUAACAGUAAACAUUACUAUGUAGGAUACAGAGGAUAUGCAUCUGAUAGUGCAUACGACCAAGCCAGUGCAUAUUACAGUCCAAACCUAUCACCUAAUCAACAUGGGAGUGCCAGUGAUCAGGAAUAUUUAAAAUAUAUGUACUCAGACGGUGGUCUUCCUAGAAAAUUAAUUCCAAAGUCACCAUCUAAAUCUUUAAACAAAAGUGGAUUAAAUAUAAAUUCUGAUUCUGAAAUAUAUGUAGGAGGUCAGCUUCCUAACUAUCAUGAGGUUACUUCAAAAACAUUAGAAUCGGCAAGGAAAUUUCAAGGGGGUUUGAAAGACAUGAUACACGUAAAAGGGAAAUAUGACAAAUCACAACGCAGCAGGUCUCCAGAAUAUUAUAACUCAGAUUCAGAAUUAGUUUUUACAACACCUCAUAAAGGACAAACUGAUAUGAGAGGAUUUGCUUCUGACUAUGAAACUUAUGCUGGCGGUGGUAGUGAUGAUGAUCCGAUUUAUUGUGUUCCUAAAUUACCAUUUAGUCAUAGUGGCAGUUCUGAAUUAGAAGAAUUACUGAGAAAAUUUAACACUCUUUCGAUGGAAUUGCAGCAGGAAAAAAAUAAACUGCAACGACAAGUGUCUGGCAAAGAUGUAACAGGUUUGACAGCACCAUCUCCACGGAACGUUGAUUACUCAUCAGACGAAUAUGCAUACAUAGGAUCUUCAAGAAUUUUAGGCGGGAAGCCAUCAUCCCCAAUAUCUAUUCAAAAGGCAGCAUCAACACAAACCCCGGGACAAAUGAAAAUGACCCGUAAUAGAAGUGCAGAUUCAGCUCAAAGGAGUAGAACAUAUCAUUCCGAUAUGGGAAAAGAGCUUUCAACUUCAUAUCAAGAGUCAAAGUAUGUCCCCCCUUCAAUCCAUACAAUGUCUAGGGUAGGGAUUCCUUCAUCAGCAUCUACCUCGUCUGCUUCUGAUAGGACCAAGUUUAUAGACACUGAUGGUCAACAUAUAUCUCGCUCAACGUCAAGGUUCAAAGAUCUUCAACUUUCUAGGAAGCCAUUACAAAUCUCUUACAGUGAGUUCGAAUUUUAUCGUCCAGAUUUAAGGAGGCGAUUAGAAUUGUCAAAGAAAACGGGUCAAGAUGGUAUUCUUAGUAUUCAUAUUCUCUCAGGACAAGGGCUAAAAUCAACAAAAAUGACUCUUAGGGAUUUAUACUGUGUUGUAUCUAUUGAUUCUGUGAAUAAAGCACGAACAAUGAUCAGAACUGGUGCUGUAAAUUUCGAUUGGGAUGAGGCUUUCGAUGUCGAACUUGAAGAUUCUAAAGAAGUGUCAUUUCUAAUUUACAAUUGGGAUCCUAAUUUUAAACACAGACUUUGCUUUCAUGGCACCGUUUUACUUCCAUCAAUUCUCGAAAAUGGGAAGAAAAAAUGUAUAGCAUUAAAAAUGGAACCAAAGGGCCUGUUAUAUACCACCUUAUUAUAUCAUGAACCAUCAGUUUCCUUGCAGCGACUACCGUCUAUGCGGAAAAAUGGUGUAUUUGGGAAAGAUUUAGAAACUGUGACCAAACAAGAGGGUCAGAAUGUACCUAUGGUAAUUAGAAAGUGCAUUGACGAAGUAGAGAAACGUGGACUUGAUGUAGUGGGGAUAUACAGAUUGUGUGCUUCAGCUAGAAGAAAAGCCCAAUUAAGAGAAGUGUUUGAGAAGAAUGCUCAAGCUGUUGAUCUUUCUCCGGAAAAUGUAUCUGACAUACAUGUGGUUACAGGUGUUUUGAAAGACUACCUCCGUGAAUUGCCUGAACCACUUUUCACGAAUGCUUUAUAUCAGAUGUUACUUGAUGCUCUCAGCGUCCGGUUGCCAAGCGACCCAGAUGGAAGUGCCAAAUUAAUGCUUAGCAUUUUAGAGUGCCUUCCAAAAGCCAACCAGGAGACGAUGGCUGCGGUGCUUAAUCAUUUAAAGAAGGUUGCCAGUAAUGCUGACAAAAAUAAAAUGAACAUUGUCAAUUUGGCAAUAUGUUUUGGACCGGUGCUUCUUUGUCCAUCACCAGUGUCAUCGGGUGGCACAUCAUUAGAUUUCAAAAAACACAUUGAGGUGCUUAAAUACUUGCUAGAAAUUUGGCCAGUAAACUAUGAAAUGGUAAAGGUAUCUAGUCAGACAUCAAUCAAGAAUCAGUGUUCAUGAUAAUAGUUUUACCUAGGGCUUUUUACAAUUAUAUAUUUCAUCUAUCUUAUUCAUGUUGAGUAGAUUUUAAGGACAUUCCUAUUUACUUUGUAUUUAUAUGCUAUUAUAGGUUAACAUUUGAAAGAUCAAAUAUAUUAGGGAUAUUAUAAAAGUUAUAUAUUAUGUGACCCACUGUUAUUUUAUAAUUGAAUAUUUUUGGGGCAUUUUAAAAUGAUGAACUGCUUCAGAAAAUUUAGGAAUUCAUGCACCAUUAAUGGCACCCAUCGUGUUGCAAAUUUAGAGUUGAAAUAUGGAGAUAUGUUACAUUCUGUUGUAGUAAAAAAAAAAUGAAACGACGACUAGAUGAUGGUUAACACUAAUAAGGCAUAUCUAUUGUCAUUUUUAAACUAACUUGAAGCUAGCAGGCUAUUGUUGAUUAACAUUUUGUUAAAAAAAUAUGUGAUUGAAGCAUAAACUCGAAUUUAUAUCUUUUAUAUAAGCUUUGGAUUUCAAAUAUUUUGGCCACAAGCAUCACUGAAGAGACAUGUAUUGUCGAAAUGCGCAUCUGGUGCAAGAAAAUUAGUACCGUUAAUUUAAUUUAAUGUUCUAGGAUACAGUUUAAGGAUCAUUAACAAAAGAUCUUUUGUAAUUUAUCUUUGGUUUGCUAGGAUAGUAUUAUUUCAUUUUUAAAUUUAAAAAAUCAAUUUGUUCUUACAAGUGUACUCUUAAAAGAGGCUUGAUAAAGUAGUUUGGAAAAAUACUUGGAAGGGUAACAUACAAGUUCAGUCUCACCUUUUCUGGUUUUCAAUCUUUAAUUUUAGGUGCUACAUUUGAUUUUCAUGAUUAAAACUGAUAAAAUGUAAAUACUAGUCUUGUCAUUUAUAGAUGAACACAUAUUUCAAAUUAUCUUAUUAUAGUAUGAAUGCCUCAGAGACAUAUCACAUGGUUUGUUUAUUUAGUUUUGUUGUUAAAUAUUGUUGAAGGAAACAUAUCAUUGUUAUUUAUUGAUAAUUUAUCAAAUAAGUCAAGGUUAUAUUUUAUUUUUAUUUCUAGUCAGCAAUUCUCAGCAUUCCUUUAUUGAUAUUAAUGUUUAUUUAUAUAGAUUUUAUUUAAUUUUACAUUAGAUUUGCUUUUUUGUUAUUGAAUGUCAGUGAAUUUAUGUCAUUUUAUUUGUUUACCGAUAUGUCGACAUUAUAAAAAGAAAGGUUGUAACAAAAAUAUUGUAUGAAUAUGUAUAUUGAAAAAGAGAUCUAAAUAUUUGUUUAAUUUCAAAGUUUCUCCCACAAAUAAUGACCCUUGAUUAGUUUUGGCACAAUUUUGGGUCUUUUUUUAUUAUUUGCUUUUCACAAUUUCACACUUUUUUCGUACAAAUUGUGAGUAAUAGUUUAACUGAAAUGUGGAUAUGCUGCAUUUUACUGAUUUUGGCAUCUUGUGAAGUUUUGAAAUGUGAAUAUUAUUAUAUACAUAAUUGCAUAUUUUCUUCAGUUUUGAUUUUAUUUUUACUGAAGAUAUAUAUUUAUUGUUGGUUUAAGAGUACUUGCCAUUUCAGUCCACACAUACUCUACUCGAAUUAUUUUCAGCUAGAAAUAAAAUACAGGGAAGUGACAUUUGAGCAGUCAAGUGAUUUACUGAAGAAAUAUUAUUGAUUCAAGUGUUAAAUAAAAUGUUACUAUUAUCUGAAUUUUCAUAUGGACAUAAAUAGUGAUUAAAAUGGUUAUUUUAGCAAAUUAUGAAAUGGCCUUAAUCUCAAAUAUUGCAAAGAUUUCAAACUUACAGUUUAGAAAAUUGACAGAAUAACAGUUCUUCCUAUUCUCGAAAAAAAGGAGGGAAAAUCAUACAAAUAUUUUAAACAGUUCAGUAGCUACCCUUUUUUGAAAUAAUGAGUCAUAAUCCUAAUGAAGAGUUGUUCAGGAUAAAUAUUAUUUGUAGUUUAUUUUUCAAGCUUUGAGGUAAAAGUUUUUUUAAACUAACAUAAACAGAAUCAUGUUUUGUUGAUAUACUUGAGAUUACAAUUUUGAUGCCACUUCCAUAUAAAGUCGACUGUAAAAUGUUUUUUCAUUAUCCCCUUUUAUGGAAAAGUUUGUUGGGGUUACAGCUGAAACAUGAAAUAACAAGAUAUUAUACAUGUCAUGUCGCGAUAAGAUUUCAAGCUAGCCUCAAUUUUUGCUUGUGCAAUUAAUGGUUCGCAAUGAGUUCACCAGCACACAGUUAAGUUGAUUUUUUAAAUUGUAUCAGUUGGAUAGGAAGAAUGAUAUACUAGGGCCAUUAAAAAUGUUCAAGGCCAACUGUCCUUUACUGUUCCUGUCUGUCUGUCUAUUUGUCUACAUAUCUUUUGAAACAAACAAAAACAAGAUUCUUUUAGUAUAUUUUCGUCUAGUCAUAAGUGAUCUUUUUGUGAAUUUUAUCUUUAACCUUAUGUAACUCUCUUAUAUGGUGAUAUUGUACAAAACAAAUUUAAUGUUAUGUUUUGUAUGAAUGUAAGUUGAAAGUGUUCUACUUCAAUGCUUAUUAAAUCGUUAAAGCUUAAUUAUGUAUUAUUUACAGAAAUGUUAUGAAAACAUGUAUUUAUUGUAUUUUUUUUGUAUGACAUAGGUUAUUAAAAGAAUCAGAAAACGAAAAUUUUUUGAUUAUAAUUUUUACAUGAACUUCCAAGUUAGAAUAAUACAAUUGUGUAUCUUUUCAAUCAUCAAAGAAACCCACUUUUGAAAGAUAAAAUCGAGUAUUAGUAAGUUUGUUUCUUGUUAGCAAUUUAAUAAUUUUUGACCGACUGUAGAUUCACAUUCGAGCGAAUAUUAACCUUGCUGACUCAUCUUAUUAUUCGCUCAGUUUGAAGUUCACAAGAGUCCCUCAAGUUUUGUUUUGCCAUUAAUUUCUAUCAUUUAUGAUGUCUGACUAUCGGUAAA